AUGCUGCUCAACAUUGCUGUUCAGGCGGCUAGGGAAAAUGAGAACAAUGACACGCCAACCGUCAUCAGGGCAUGCAUAGCAGACUACGACACUUCCAGGUCUAUGAGAGUCGUCUUUGUGCUCAAUUCGACCAAGGCAUCCCUCUGCGUCACGUCCAACAAGGCGCUGGAGGAAGGCUUGAUAUACAUGCACUAG